AUGUUGAUUCCAAAGGAAGACAGAAGUAAGAUCCACAAGUACUUGUUUCAAGAGGGUGUCGUCGUCGCCAAGAAGGACUUCAACCAACCAAAACACGAUGAAAUUGACACCAAAAACUUGUACGUUAUCAAGGCUUUGCAAUCCUUGACCUCUAAGGGUUACGUCAGAACUCAAUUCUCUUGGCAAUACUACUACUACACUUUGACUGAGGCUGGUGUUGAGUAUUUGAGAGAGUACUUGCACUUGCCAGAACACAUUGUUCCUGGCACCUACAUGCAUGACAGAUCUCAAACUCAGAGACCUCAAAGAAGAUACUAA